AUGAGCAAUUCCAGUGUGUCCUCUCCGCUAUCUGACUCUAAACCCCAAACAAUGAGCAAGGAAGAAAGGCGCCAGGUGGCCCAAGAGCAUCUUACAAAAUUAGAGGGUAUGACUCAGGAGGAGUUGGUAGAGUUGUUGAAGAAAACUGGACAUUGGGGUAUAGCCGAAUCCAUGGAAGCGGAAGUCGCGUAUAGAACGGCGUGGAGAUCGGCUCGUUACACGUCGUUUAAUACGCUCCGCCAUGCCUUGAAGGUGCUCACAAGUCUCGGCGAAAGAGUUCGUUCAGUGUCAAAGGUUGUUGGAUAA